AUGGAAAUCCCUACGAAGUCCCCUGUUUCUGCUGCAGGAAUUCAGCCACACAAGUCCGGUGUCAAUUACCAGCACGGCCCGGCUGCGGAACAAUCUGACGGCCGUGAUAUCGACGGCAUUGUGCCAGUCCUGAGUAUGGGUGAGGGAAAGUUUGUUGUUACUGCCACUGGUAACACCAUGAAAAAAAACAUGGGAAGCCUCACAAUGUUUGCCGUGUGCUUCAAUGUUUGCAAUUGUUGGGCCGGUACAGCUUCAAGUUUACAAAUUGCUCUUCUGCAGGGUGGCCCUGCCUCUCUACUUUACGGCAUGAUAGUCAGCUCUACAGUCUAUCUUGCUGUUGCUUGGAGUAUGGCGGAGCUGGCAAGCGUCUAUCCCACUGCUGGCGGACAAUAUCACUUUGCAUCGAUCCUCGCACCACGGAGGCUAAAUGCAGUUAUAUCGUACACGUGUGGCCUACUGACUGUUUUCUCCUGGAUCGCGAUCGCUGCGGCAGUUACCAUGAUUCCCGCCACGCAGAUCCUCGCCCUCGCGUCGUUCUAUCACCCACACUUCCUCCCAAAGCCAUGGCAUUACUUUGUCCUCUUUGAGGCCAUCGUAAUUAUCAUUCUAGCCUAUAACACUUUCCUUCUGAAGAAUCUUCCCCGAACACACGAUGUCGGAUUUGCCUGGUCAAUCUCCAUGUUCAUCGCUCUCACAAUAGUGAUUUUUGCAAGAUCAUCACCAAAGGCCGAUAGCUCGUUCGUAUGGGCUUCAUUUAUCAAUGCAAGUGGAUGGCCUGAUGGUCUCUGCUUUCUUGGAAGUUUGUUGACUACCUGCUUCAUCUAUGGGGGUCUAGAUGCCGCCUUGCAUCUCGCCGAAGAAACACCCAAUCCUAGAACGGCUGUACCUAAAGCUGCAGUUAACGCCGUUCUAAUCGGCUUCGCCACGGCGUUCAUCUUCACCAUUACGCUCCUUUACAGCAUAUCAGAUUUUGAUGCCGUGAUCAGUAUCCAAGGCUAUUUACCAUUCGAGCUCUACCGUCAAGGAAUGAGGUCUGACAGUGGGGCCGUGGCCACCAUGGUAUUCUCCAUGGGCCUUGUCUUCUUCGUCCUGAACGCUGUCAUGCAGACAUCAUCGCGUCUGACGUGGGCAUUUGCGAAAGAUAACGCACUUGUCUUCUCAGGAGCCCUUGGCAAGAUUCACCCUGGCCUCGAUAUCCCUCUGAACAGCCUCCUGCUUAACACUGCACUGGUUGCAGUCUGUGGGUGUAUAUUUCUGGCAUCGUCUACAGCUUUCAACGCUUUCCUCGGCUCUCUUGUGGUUCUCCAGCAGUUCUCCUUCAUGAUCCCGACAGCACUCUUACUCUUCCGCCGACGCUCAUCAAAAUUUCUACCAGCGGAUCGCAAGUAUGCUCUACCUGACCGGCUAGGCUGGUGUGCCAAUAUUUGGCUCGUAGGAAUGAGUAUACUGUUAGCUGUUGUCUUCAUGCUGCCACCUUUUAGGCCAGUGACCACCACGAAUAUGAACUAUACUGUAGUGAUCCUGGGUAUUGCGGCAGUCUUAGGAGUUGCGAACUGGUUCUUGCAUGCGCGGAAACAGUAUCAAGGACCACGAAUUGUGCUGGAAAAUUGA